GGGAAGAGAUGAGGGGUGCACCCCAUUCACCCUCCUGCCUGUCCGACCCGUCCGCCGGCAUCAAGCCUUGGUGGAGUUUCCCUCACAUGACAAAUCAGGAGCAUAUCAGGGAAAAUAAUCAGACUCCCGCUGCUUUCAGUGUUAAACCCUCAGAAAUCAACACUGUCGCCGUUAAUUACCGCAGAGCCGCGUUUUCUGGGAAGCCACUGAAGUCCCGGAGCAUCAGACCCGCAAAAACCGUUUUUUUUUCCACAAGUGAACGCUUUGUGUCGCACUUUGAACGGUUGUCUUAUCACCCCGUAUUUAUUUGUUUAAUGUAUUUAUUUAUUUCUGUUUUGUUGGAAGCAAAGCAACAGGUUCCGUGGGCUUAAUUGUGGUUCCGUGCGCAGACGUUUCCGUGGAAAUUGGAUAUUUUCUGUUACGCUCUGCAUGGGAAAUAACGUAUACCUAAAAAAAAUCUAUAAACAAGUAAACAAACAAAUAAAUACAUAAUUUAAUAACUUUAAAAAAUAAAAUAAAAAUCAAAAUAAGGAGAAUAACUUGCACCACCGUGAAAAAACUCGAUUUCAUUUCCGUCCAGGAUCAGGUGUGAUUGCAGAAAUUGAACUUUCAUCGUUCGGUCUGAAAUUCAGGCAGUUCCUGCCUGAAUUUUCCCCUCAUUUAAAAUCUGGACGUUUAAGUAAAAGGAGCUGAAAUUCAUCCUCGGGGUUUUUUCAUCUAUUUCGUGUGAAAUCCGAUCUGAGCGAAAAUUUCAGUUAAAAUAAGAAUUAAAACACUAAACUGGGACCCAAUUUUAUAUACAGACAUAUAUAUUUAUUUUUAAAUUCUAGUCAUUUUACUCUGAAACCCCUAGAAAAACCUAGAAACCUAAAAGAACCUGAAGGUUUAUUGUUUAAACUCUCCUUAAGCCUGACUCAUGAACAAGCUGGGCAGCGUAGGUUUCAUCUGUUUUCAAGUUCAGAGUUUUAACUAAGAACUUAUUAGAAUAAAACCAAACAAUCUGCGCAUUCUGUUCUGAAUGAGCGGUUCGGUUCGGGGUGUCCCACUAAAGCCGCUCCUGUCAGUCAAAUCAGACCCAGUCGUUCAUCUCCCAAUCAGAGAGCUUCUGGACGUUUUUACUAGACUUUUCGGGCCAAUCCCGGCCGGCCUCUCACGUCGCUCUCCUCACACGGAGGGGAGGAGAAGCUUCCUUAUUUGGCUUUUAUUGCCUUAUAUGGUGCGCCGGCAGGGGAGGUCUCCUGUCUGACACUUUCCCCCAACUGGAGCUUUGACUCUGGUAGACAGGACACCCAGUCUGAGGGCGACCCGGCGAGCAGCGCUGCUGUUUGGAUCUGUUGUUCGGUUUGGUUCUCCUCAGCGGACCGUCAUCCUGAAUUCUCGGAGGAAAUCCCGUCUGUCUGUGGUAAAGAAAAAAACUUGUGCGCAAACUGAAAUCGUUUUCCAGUUCGCUCCGCUGCGCGCAGGACGGAGAGGAUCCAGGAAUCCCCUCUCCUCUCCUCUCCUCUCUUCCCUUCUCCUCUCCUCUCUUCUGGACUCGUACUCUGUGCCACUGGGACGAAACGAAUCCUGCUCUGAAACACGUGGUCAGAAUUAGUUUAAAUUUGUGUUUGAAGAAUCGAUAGCACCCGAACAGAAUCGAGCCGGAGGGUGUGAGCUGCGGGAUAAUUGCUGCCUGCGCAGUUUGUGCAGCUUUCUCCCAGUUGAGGAUAAAAACACCCGACAGGAUUCCUGACAGUGUUUUCACUCUGACAGCCAAGCUGCUCACUUGUUGGACUGACUUUCCCGAGAGGUUCCGCUCUGAAGAACAACGUGUUUAUGGAUCGCUGCGCAGAGAGGAACUCCGGGAGUUGUUGGCUCUGCAGUUCGACAUCGAUCAUGUUGAUUCCCCGCGGUUGCUUUGUACUAUAAUAGAUGUUUACACAAAGCAUUAAGUCGUAUUUUAAAAGUGACUCUGUUCAGCUCAGACCAGCUCGCAUUGACCCCUGAGGACAGAGGGAAGCGCCUUUUCGCCCUUCCUGUUUUCUGUUUUCCUUCAAGACGUCAGGACGGAUCUCUACCGCGCACUCCGACUUCUUCUCUGAUUUAAACAGAGGCAAAGUGUUUGGGGAUAGCAUGGCAAUGGUAGUAAACCAGUGGCCAGAGAACAUUUCUGCAGAUCCGGGCUCCCAGCUGCAGAUGUGCGGCCAGGAGCCCGGCGGGGGACCGGGGACUCCUAACGGUUCCACACCGGGGAACGACGCGCUUUCCGGGGAUAAGCUCCCCAACGUGGACUGCAUGGUCUGCGGGGACAAGUCCAGCGGAAAGCACUACGGCCAGUUCACCUGCGAGGGAUGCAAAAGCUUCUUUAAGCGCUCGGUGAGGCGGAACCUGACGUACACAUGCCGGGGGAACCGGGACUGUCCCAUCGACCAGCACCACCGGAACCAGUGCCAGUACUGCCGGCUCAAGAAGUGUCUCAAAGUCGGGAUGAGGAGAGAAGCUGUACAGAGAGGACGCACAUCGAACUCCCAGAGCAGCCCGGGUCAGUACCUGACCAACGGUUCCGACCCGUACAACAGCCAGCCUUACCUGUCGGGCUUCAUCUCCCUGCUGCUGCGCGCCGAGCCCUACCCCACGUCCCGCUACGGGGCCCAGUGCAUGCAGGGAAACAACCUGAUGGGCAUCGAGAACAUCUGCGAGCUGGCGGCUCGGCUGCUGUUCAGCGCCGUGGAGUGGGCCAAGAACAUCCCCUUCUUUCCCGACCUGCAGCUCAUGGAUCAGGUGGCGCUGCUGCGCAUGUCGUGGAGCGAGCUCUUCGUCCUGAACGCUGCCCAGUGCUCCAUGCCGCUCCAUGUGGCGCCCCUGUUGGCGGCCGCCGGCCUCCACGCCUCGCCCAUGUCCGCUGAGCGCGUCGUGGCCUUCAUGGACCACAUCCGCGUCUUCCAGGAGCAGGUGGAGAAGCUGAAGGCCCUGCAGGUCGACACGGCCGAAUACUCCUGCCUCAAGUCCAUCGUGCUCUUCACGUCAGAUGCCAUGGGGUUGUCUGAUGUCGCCCAUGUGGAGAGCAUCCAGGAGAAGUCCCAGUGUGCUCUGGAGGAAUAUGUGAGGAACCAGUAUCCCAGCCAGCCGAACCGAUUCGGCCGCCUGCUCCUCCGCCUGCCCUCCCUGCGUAUCGUCUCCUCGCCGGUCAUCGAGCAGCUGUUUUUCGUGCGACUGGUGGGCAAGACGCCCAUUGAGACAUUGCUUCGAGAUAUGCUGCUCUCUGGCUCCAGCUACAACUGGCCCUACAUGCCCACAGUGCAGCGCGAGCGGCCACUUUCCCUCCACUACAAUGAGAACGGACCCUGAGGCUGAGCAACACAGGAGAAGCUCAUCCUUCUUUCCUUCCCUUCCUUGUCCGCAGUCCACUUUUCAGCUUUCCCCGAGGAAGCAUCUUCCUCACCAUUCCACCCUUGAGACUCUUGAAACGUUACCAUCCCGGUUACACAAGCCAGCCAAUUGUUCGUCAUUGCCGAUACAGAGACUCAAUGGCCUCUCAAAGUCCCCAAGCUGAUAGUGUGCAGUCUUUCAUUUUGAGACGUGGCAUGAGCUGGACAAGUUGCUGCACAGUUCACCAGCAGGUCUGAUGGACUCACUUCAGAUGUCAGUUAUAAAACUGUGCAAACGUUUGCCUAAUUCUUGGUGCUAUGCCUGCAUUUACAGAGCAUGGCUGAACCUGAGCAGGGACUAUGCCAUUUGAACUCUGCAGCCAAGAGCGCGAGGUCUGAGUGUGUAUUUACUAAAUUUUGAAAAGCAAACCAGAAGCCAUUAAAAGAAGACAAAUGCCAAAAUGUCUUGAACUUUUGCAGAUGAUGUUAUAUUGUGUGUUGUUUUAGCACUGUUUGUAUGGAGAGAUAACUCAUGAUUGUGUCCAUAUGUAUAGUAUAUCAUUGAUUCAUUGGCAUCUAAGGCAUCUUUGGGUUCACUGAAUUAAAAAGCUCAGGUUUCUAGGGGUGUGUGGGGGGUCAGACUAGCAGACAUGUCAGUAUUGGGUUCUGGUUGUUCUGCUCCAUUGUCACUUUGACCAUUUGCAGUUUUGAUCACGUCGUACCCAGAUUUUCAUGGAGAAGAAAGGAAGUUAUCUUCCACCGGCCUCUUCAUGUGUGUGUUUAGGUCUUUUGGUGCACACUUUGACCGUCAUAUAUUUAAAGUAAUAUUCUGUAUCUUGGAGUUAUGUGACUCCAAUGAAUAUUUUCCAUUAAGAAGUUGCAGAUGGUUUAUUUGGUUUGGUUAGAUGAUAUAUACUUUCAAAUGUUUUCAAAACCAUUUCUGAAAAUUUCAGAAAAUGAAAACGUCAUUAUUAAAUUCAGGGGUAUUAUGAGAUCAUGUCCCAAGAUAUCUUGUAAUAUUUUUGAUUUUUUUAUAUUUGAAAUCCUGUCAGGUUGCAGUCAGGAGGGGUUUAUAUGAAAAGAUAUGCAUGGUGGCAUUCCUGCUACCACACAUAUUGACUUGUUUUGUUUUGAUUUGUUUGAAAUAUUGUAAAUGGAGACAGAAGAAACAAGCUUGACCCACAGGUUCUUCGAUGAAGUACUGAGAAACUAUUGGUGACAUUGGAUUGCAAUUUGCAGCUUACAGGUCACCAUUUUUAAGUGAUAUACAUUGUAUUCGACCGUCUUUAGUUAAAAAUCUGAAAUACUUACAACCUGGAUAAUCCUACCCUGAACAGUCUUUAAACACAGGCACUGAAUUAUUUUAACCAUAGCAGUUCUUUAAAAUCCAUUUGUUGUUCUCAAAACUUUUACUAUAUUUUUAACUCACAAAAAAGGAGCAAUUCCACUACUAUUCUUCAUCAUGACCACCUUCAAUUGGUUCCUGCAUAAAAAGUCAGACAUGAACAACUUGUUUUAACCCAGUUUUCUCAUAAAUGUUGGUAAAAUCUCAUCACAGAAUGUUCCUGUAAUCUAAAUACCAAGUAUUACCUCAGUGUUUGGGGUGUUUUGCCCAUUUACAGUGUUAUUUACCUGCAUUGUGUUUCUUGCCAUGGUAAGAAAAACUAAUAUUUUAUCAUCAUCCUUUGAUGCAUCUGAUUCACAGUUUGAUAACCAAGAUUGCCAGGGACUUUUUGGACAUGACAACAAAAUGAUGCACCAUUUCUAAGAUAGUCACAUAGAGAGCAUAGAUGUGCCACUUUUCCAAAAUUUAAGCAUCCGCUUCUCUAAUUUAGCAGAAAUGAAUGAGCAAAAUCCAUUUGGAAACUUUAAUCUCAUUUUAAACUUUGCAGAUUUUCUGUCAGCAUUGAUGUUUCUCUCACCUGGCCUGGUGAAUACUUGGAGUGGCUCCAACUGACUGCAACCUGACCAAUGUUUUGAUUAAUUCAGCUGUUAAAUCUUUGGCUCACUCAUAAAAGUAUCCACAUUUUAUCCUCAAAUAUGGAAAUAUGCACUGAACGCUGUGAUUUCUACACAAACAUUUGCACCAAAAGCUACAACAAAUCUAUAUUUAUGUAAGCAUUUUUUUUUUACAAACUGAACUCCCAUAAGGAACAGGAAAAAUAUGCAAAAGUAACUGACAGUGAUAAAUAGAAGUAGGCAUGGAUGAAUAGGGAAACCCUAGCAGCGGAUUGGCAUCAGGGAGUCAGCAGAACAGCCAGAGCCCUCAGCAUUAGCACAAGAACAAAAACACAAACCCAACAAGUUUUAUACUUGGGAGCAACCUGUGCCAAAGCAGACAUACAUUUAGUUUGGAAUAAAUUUAUGUCAGUUAAAAAAGCAAGUGUAACUUUUUGGUUUGUCUUUAAUUUGACUAUAAUUGUUUGGAUUCUGAGGUUAAGCGAAUCAUUUUAUAAAAUAAAAUAAAAAUAAACAACAUAAAUUAAGGCUUUGGCACUUGCAUUGAGAUCUUGUCAGACUUGACACUUAUUCACACUUGUUAAAUCUCAGCACUGGUGGAAUAUUUCUGCCCUAUACCCAUUUGAUGAAAAUACGUAUUUACUUCUUUAAACGAUUCACUAGAACUCCCUCACUGAUGCUGCCACAGGAGGCAGCCACACCACUGAUCAUCAUAGAUGUGUGUUUUUCUUUUUUUGUAAUGAUUGUCAGUAUUGGACCUUUUAGACUUUAGGCAGGAAGUGAGUGUCUGGGGGGCGAUUUACAGAAUUAGCUGUACUUGCCUUAGAACAAAGAUUUGUCACUGAGCAUUUAUCUUAUGACUGUGCCAUAAUCUCUCGUUACCUGUUAUAACAGGUAUUAUGUUCUGUCAGGAGUGGAAAGAAGCUCACAUGAUGCUGAAAUGGAACGUGCAUUUUCAAAAAAGACAUGUAUAUGUGGAUUAUCUUUAUGCAAUAAUUAGACAUUAAAAAAAGAACUACUCACGAUAGAAUUUUUUUGCUUCGACAUCAACAGCACUUUUAAUUUUUUGACAUCAUGCAAGUUAUUUUUCCACUUCCGGGUGAUAUUGUUGUGUAGGGAAAAGCCCCUAAACUCAUGUCAUUUGAGCUUAUCAUGUGGAGUAAUGUAUCACUAACCUCUGAAAACCUCAGUCUAUGUUGCAACACUAUCCCUGUGGGACUUAGGACUGUGUUUAAUGUAGGAAUACUUUAAGUUUUUAUUAUUUUUCCUUUGUCCUUUUGUUGGAAAAACUUUGUUUAUGUCACAUUACCAACACGACACCGUAGUAUUGACGACAAGCAUCAGUAUUGGAAAAGCCAUCAGGGACCUGAGAAAGUUGUGUUGGUAAAUAAAUCCACAGAAAGUUUCUAAGAGUUUGUUUUUAUCCCUUUUUGCUUUGGUUUGGAAAUAUUGAUUAUCCAAUAAUUGAAAUAAAGUUUUGUUCACACUAA